UGGCACACAAACACAAGGCUGAUUCUAGAAACCGGGCAUCCAUUCUUGUGGUCUCUCUACCAUUUUCUCUCCUGUUCCAAUUUCUCUCUAGUCUCAAUAGAUUCUUUGAAUGUAGGCCGUAAACCAUCAGUUUUUCUCCUUUCUCUUUGCCAAUGGAAUCUUUUCUCGGAGACUUGCCGUCGUUUGACCCCCACAACUUCAGCCAACUUCGUCCCUCCGGUCAUUCUGAUCCUUCUAAACCGACGCCUGUCACCUACCGUCCCACUCAUAACCGGACUCUUCCACCACCUGAUCAAGUUAUAACUACUGAGGCCAAAAAUAUCCUUAUUAGAAAUUUCUAUCAGAACGCUGAGGAGAAGUUGAGACUGAAGAGGGCUGCCACUGAACAGCUAAUACCAGAACAUGGAUGCAAGCAAGUUAAGGCUUCUACCUCCUAUUCCUAAUGAGAUUUUCUUUUGUUUAUUUGGCGCUCAUGUAAAUGUACCUUCUCGUAUCAAAUGUCUGUUAUAGAAACUGUAGAGCGGCUUAUUCAUUGUUGUAAACCAGGAUGCCAUACUUGUUCGUUUUGUGUUCACAAAUCAAACUUGUAGUUGGCUUAUCACCGUAUCAUGUAUAGCUUUAUACAUCCUUUUCUUUGUAU